AUGUCCAUGCAGUCGGCAGUCGAGGACAGUCAAGGACAACAACAACAACAACGGGAAACUCGAACGCGACUGGAUCCAGGCUCAACUAAAGGCAGGCGGUGGAUUAUGGGCCUGAUCCUGGGUUACACAAUUAUGUCUCUCGUGGUAGUCAAGGUCGCAUCCGCAUCAGCUCUUUAUCAGCAGCAACAUCUGCAGCAGCAACAUCUGCACCAGCAACAUCUACAGCAGCAGCAACAGCAGUCGCCGAACGACAUUGAGUCCUCGGCAGACGAACCGUCCACCUCGGAACCGGGGCACUCAGACAGCGACGUCGACAUCGAGAAGAUGCGGGCCAAGCUGCAGCAACUGCAGCACGAGCAGCAGCAACAGUACCUGCUGCAGCAGCAACACCAGCUGCAGCUGCAUCUGCAGCAGAUGCAGGCGUCGCAGGGGGUUGGCGGAGAGAACGCCUACUUAUUGGAGCGUGCCGACAGCAAUGUUGCACCCAUCUACGGGACGUGGCGCGCGAAAGCGCAACGGCAGCAACACGCAACACCGUCGCACGAAUCUGGAGACGCGGCGCAUCUCUACGAGCGUUUGCCCAAGCGAUCGGUGACCAUGACGCCGCAGCGGGGUCUGCCGCGUGACCAGAUGCCGCGGCCUCCGCGUCUCACCACCCAGGACAUGCAGCUCUCGCUGGGAUCCCCCUCACCCCCUCCCGCGCCCACCAAGGCGUUGCUGCGACGCCAGUACUCGGAGACGCCGGGAAGCCGAGCUCAGCGCGGUCAGGAGGAGUUCAAGCCGAAGCCCUUCCACUUCCCCUACGACGGUCCAAUGCCCGAGCAGUUCACCAAGGGCGAGGCUCGCCCGGAGCUGAACAACAUCCAGGACAUCUUGCAGCAUCUGCACAUCGGCGGUGGGGCACCCAGCAAGCUGCCACCGAUGGUGAUGAUGCCCACGGGUCUGCACAUCGCGGGCAGUUUCAAGAACCUCAAAUCGAGUGGGAUUGGGAACUUCUUCCGGGGGAAGCGGCACAAGAAGCAGAUGCAGUUCAGCAUUCCCAUGCCCAUGUUCCCCAUGGCAGCCAUGCCCAUGCCGAUGCCCAUGUCAAUGCCGAUGCAGAUGCCAAUGCAGUGGUAUUCCCACGGGGUGCUGCCCCACCAGAGGGUGGCCAUCGACCAGCUGUAUCCCUACAAGCCGCGCUCCCCGCAGGAUGUCAACCUGCUGGCCAUGCAGCCACUGGUGAGCGGGAAGCCUCUGUCCAAGAAGAAGAAAAAGAAGCAGCAGCAGCAGCUGCAACAGCAACUGCAGCAGCAACAGCAACAGCAGCAGCAACAGUUGCUGGAGCACGGCAGCCAGCAGCAGCACUUUGUGGCAGAUCCCUUCGUGCAGCACUUUCCACAUGCGCUCAAUGCCACCCGGCAGCCGCAGCUGAAGAGGGUUCCAUUUAAAGUGAAUCUGGACAUAUAUCCGGUGCUGCCGCCUUCGCGUCCCUCCUCCGUGAUGCGGCAUCCCUUCCAGCAGGAGUUCGCCCUGCCCUCGCCGGCGGCGCUGACGGGAACCACGGCGGCGGCCUUCCACAUGGGGCACGGCAUCUACCAGUCGCCCUUCAAGUUCCCCACCCAGCAGCCAGUGCUGUUUCCCGACCAGGCCACCAGGUUCAGCCAGCAGCAGCAGGCCUUCCACAAGUUUCCGCCGCCGAAGAGCGUCCAUCCCGAGGAGUCCAUCUAUGGUCAGAGUCCUGGCCAGAGCCAGGGCCCCGUGGAGAGCCAAACGAGCCCCAUCAUGCUGCACCUGAAUGUGUUCCCCAAGCAGAAGCCCACUGCCACGAUCCGCGCCUCCACCAAUCCCUUCUACAAUCACAACAUGCAGCGCAACACGGUGAACUCGAAUGACCUGCCGCCACCCAAUCCUCCCAGUCCGAUUGAACCCAGACAUGCAGCAGGCAACGCUACUCAGCUGCAGCAACACCAGGUUAACCAAACCCAGCAGCAACAUCAGUUGGGGCAGCAGCAACAUCAGCUGGGGCAGCAGCAACAUCAGCUGGUGCAGCAGCAACAUCAACUGGUGCAGCAGCAACAUCAACUGGCGCAACAGCAACAUCUACAUGCAACGCCUGGGAAUCGCUCAUCUACCAUUUCCCGCAGCGAUCACCUUCCGCUGAUCGACUUCGAGCACCCAAUUGUGGCUGCCGAGCUGCCGGAUAGUGCUCCACUGACCCGGCAGGAUCAUCGGUACAGGCAAACCCCCGUGGACGAACCGUAUCGCUACCCGAAGAGCGCCAACAUCGAGCAGUUGGCCGCCGAGGCGCAGACCGCCUCGCUUUUCCGCUUUCCCGUCGAGGAUCUGAUCCAGUUCCAGGUGGACGACGCUCUCUAA